GAAUCGGAUUGAGCGUUACGCAAGACGUCUGCGACACUAUCGCUGAUCUCGCGGUCUGCUGGUUUCUGAAGAAAGCUAGGUGGGGACCUGUAUGGUUGAACGCGUGCGGUCGUCGGUCAGUGUGUGAGGUGCUAGUGAGCGAGUGAGCCGCGACCAUCCGACUUAAAAUUACACACGUUUUAAAUUAAAAACAAGAAAGGAAUGUCUGCUAAAAUGCGAGUGUUCCUGCUGUUAGCUCUUUUCGGGGCCACUUUAGCGAGAGAAGAUGACUGGCAGCCGAUACUGCCGGAAUCUUCUAUCACCUACUCUUCAUACAAAUCAGCAGAACGUUCCUUGGACUCCAGCCCAUCAUUGAAGAUUCUCAAUCGAAGACCGAUCUCCAGCAACUACGUAGCGAACAACAAAGUGAAUCUACUCAGUUCUGCCGCACCAAUGUCUGACGCAUGCAGCGUGUACAAGGCAUCGCUGAAUCAGGAGUUGUACUUCCAGUACGUAGAAUACGAGAGCAACCUGCCAGACCUCAAGGAGUUUACGAUGUGCUUGUGGAUGAAGUUCCAUAACCACUCUACUGAUCAUCCACUUUUCUCAUAUGCUGUUGAUGAUAACCCAAAAGAAAUAUCUUUCUGGGUCUCCAAUACCAAAGAAGCCAGCUACUUCAGCAUGGCGGUUCACGGACAAACUUUCUUCAGGCUCAACUAUCCUUUGAAGCUCAAUAGGUGGUAUCAUUCAUGUCAGUCGUGGAACGGCAAAACUGGAGAAUGGCAGAUUUGGGUAAACGCUGAACGUGUUGGAAGAGGGUUCCACAAUCGGUUGGUCGGUCAUAUUAUCAAAGGAGGAGGAGUUGCUAUUACUGGACAAGAACAAGCUUUGAUUUAUAACAAGGACAACGUCGAACAACUACAAAGACAAGCAGGUUUCAUUGGUGAAAUAACAAUGCUGCAACUUUAUCAUGUCGCUUUAACUGCUGGCAAGGCGCAUAAAGAUCACAAACACCAUCACGUACACCACUUCAGACACGACGGAACUCCGUUCGAAACGGCCACAGAGGCAGCAAAUGAACUUCCAGAGCCGCAAGCCACACCUCUUGGAAACGGAAACUUCCUUAUCGGCAACCAACUGCAGCGAGCGCCUAAUCUAAACCUCGCAGGCUCCCAGCAAAUGGUACCAGUACACCUACCUAACGGUCUUCAAUUGCAACAGGAAUAUGUAAACGGACAACUUGGCAAUAGAAUCGUAUCGGAACAGUUGUUGAAUAGCGUUCAAUUACCAGACAUGAGAGGAACUCCAGUAUCCCAAUUCACUUUAGUACCGGUUACAUCAAGUCAAUCUUACACGCAGCCCCGACCACUUGGCCCUUCAAAAGGAACAUCAGUUCUCUUAUCGGGUAGUCUACUAAAUCCAGCGAAUGUCCAAUACAUCGAUGAUACUCAACACAAUGUUUACCGAAGGGAAUCUAAAAGAGACAAACGAGACAACCCUGAAAAGGAACUGGCUGAAGAAGUUGUCACAGCGAGAAAAGAUAAGCGUGGCCUCGUUGCCCUGUCGGAUGGCUCCAUAGUAGAUGAGGCUUUAUUAAGCCCCACAAUCCUUGAUAAAGAUGAGGAAGCUCUAUUUCAAGAGUCGCUGCUACAUGGUCUUGCCGGUGUUGUUGGUAAUCUACCAGUACAGAAUGUACAAAAAGAGACUGUGGAUGAAAGAGAACCGGCUGAAGCCGAAGUCAAAGCGGUGAUGCAAGUGUGCAGCGGUUGUACACCCGAACCGUUCAAAAAGGCUCUAGUUUUAUCAUGGCGGACGACAUCCAAAAAACUAUACAGCGGCGCACAUUACUAUAAAGGUCUUCCCAUCUGUCGAGCUUUCUAAGAACAUUAAAAUGGAUUAUUGUUAGAUGAAAACUAUUUGUUAGAUGAGCUCAAAGAUGAAUAGUAAUUUGAUAUAGCAAGUUAGUAAGAAUAGACAACAAUGAGUGUAGUUGUUUACCUUAGUCUCUUAAUGAACGGUUGAAUGAUAUCAAGUUAUAAGGCGUCUCGAUAAAUCAGAUAUAAAUUCAAGGCUGUUCUUUAUUCAAAGUUUUCCAAUACUUGUUUAAUGCGGGACAAUUUAAUUUCCAACAUCAAAAUUUGCAACUUAAUUUAAAACUGUCCUAUAUUACAUUAAAUUCAGACCUUAAAUGCAUAAUAUCCAAUUGAAUUAUGUAACUUGUAAAAAGUCAGAAGACACGAAUCUUUCAUUAUACUCAUGUUGUAAAUACGAUCAGUUCUAUCGAGUUCGUUAAGGUAAUUUAUAUUAUCAUUUUAAAAUUUAGUUCGUCUUUCAUUGGAAAUAGCUUGCCAUGAUGAGUUGGUUUAUUUAUUGUAGUCAUAAGUUCGAGUCUUAUAAUUUACUUUUAUACUAACGAUAUUUAGUUUAGUAGGUAUGUGCCUUUUUAGAAAUGUUUUUAUAUUAUACCUAGGUCUAAAUUAAUCGAUUUAAAUAUAUUGUUUUGCACGUCUCUUAGUAUCGAGAGCCAGAUGCUUCAUUUUUUUUUUAUUUUAGAUUUAAGAUUCCGCUUACCUAUUUGUUACCAUUUUAUAAAAUAAAGAUUUCAAAAUA